AUGCCCCACGUCCUCAUAAUCCUCACCUCGCAGGGCUUAAUCCCCGCCACCCGCCAACAAACAGGCUGGCACCUGUCCGAACUCGCCCACCCAUACUCCAUCCUCGAACCCAAAGUCACCCUCACCAUGGCCUCCCCCCAAGGCGGCGAAGCGCCCCUCGACCCAGCCUCUGCCUCAGCCUCCGCGAGACCAGAAUCCGAUACAACCGACAUCACCGCUCUAGCGCGGCACUGGGAGGCCUGGACGCACACGUAUAAGAUCAGGGAGAUGGUUGCCCGUGCGGGAGCGGGGGAGUUCGAUGCGGUGUUCUAUGUGGGUGGGCGUGGGGCGAUGUUUGACCUCGUAAGGGACGCGGCUUCGCUUGCCCUGAUACAGAAUGUCGCGGCGGCGGGGAAGCCCAUUGCGGCGGUCAGCCAUGGGCCUGCGGCGCUGCUGAAUGCGACGGCGCCGUCGGGGGUGCCUUUGCUUGCUGGAGCACGGGUGACGGGGUUCUCGAGGGAAGAGGAGGAUGCGGCGGGAAUGGCGGCGGCUAUGCCGUUUCAGUUGGAGACGGAGCUGGAGCGGGUAUCUGGGGGUGGAUAUGUCAAGGCGGACCGAUCUGGGACGAAGGUGGUUGUAUCUACGACGGCCGGGCUGCACUCGCCGCUGAUUACAGGGCAGAAUCCGGCCAGUGCGGCUGGCGUGGCUAGAGAGAUUCUGAGGGUAUUGGGGUGCGAUUGA